AUAAGUUUUGUCGUUUAAAAAGUUAUCACAGCAUGGCACAGAUUUUGGGUCUACAAAUUUUGUGUGUGGGUUUUUUACUGAUUGGAGCUGGAUGCGAAGGCGGAUCAUCACCAGCAGCAUUGUCAGACUCUGAAUCAUAUAUAGACGAAUGCAAAUGGUUCAAAUGUCCGGAACCGGAAGCGACGGAAUGUCCAGCUGAUAGCAGCAUCGAUGAAUUCGUUGGAAUCCUAUUGAAUCCAUUGGAUAUUAAUCAUGACACAAGGGCUAAACGUGAUCUCCAGUCGAAAUGUUGUGGCAUGCCACGUUGCCGUUGCAACAAAUGCCCAACGCGACCCCAAUGUAAAGCAGAUGAGGUGCUCAUCGAGUUGAGCCAGGGCAAUGGACAGCCGGGCAAUUGUUGCACGCAGUACAGAUGCGGCAAGGAGCCGCAAUGUGAGGAUGGGGAAAGCGCCUUAAUCUAUUGGCCGGACAAGUGCACCAAGUGCAACAGCUGUAAGCCACCGUGCAUCGAUAUCUGCUAUCAGUCGGAUGAGAGUUCACCCAGUAAUUGCCUGACGGAUGACAAAGAGAUUAAAUUCAAUGACGAUAUCUGGUUUCAGGGACACGGUUGCGUCAAAUGUGUCUGCAGUGAGGGACAAAGUCUCUGCCAGGAAUCCUCUUGCAAGCCAGCUGAAUGCAAGAAUCCCGUCAAACUGCCCGAUGUCUGCUGUCCCGUUUGCCUGGAGGAAAUAUCCAGCUCCACAACGGCUGGCACGCCAACCACAGCUGCAAAUGCAACCACUGAAGCCGCUGUGGUGCAGAGCAGUGCCACAACACAGAAAAUCAUUGAGAGUGCGACAGAGAAGCACGUCAAGGAAGGCACCUCAACGAUCUCUAGCAGCACAAGUGAAUCCUUUGAAGAAACCACAGAGACCACAGAGCUGCCCGAAGUUGAAGAAACAACUGAAAAAUCAAUUGAGAUUGAGAUUCCAGAGAUUGUCAACACCGACACAGAUAGCCUGGAAACGGAGACAACCGAGGAUCUGCUUAGUUCUACCUCAGCGCCAGCUACAAGCACAACUCUCAACGAUGAAGUGGAACAGGAAACAACAGUGACAGCCAUGGAUGAUCCGGAAUUGGAAAUCAGUAGCAGCAGCACUUACACCACUUCCAGCACAUCUUCCUCCUCAGCUUUAACGACCGAACGUCCGGAAGCAUUGUCCACCUCAGCUCCGUCAGCACUCACUCCGGAAUCGACCAGCUGGCAUAGUGAUUUACCUAUAGAGGAUAGCACUUAUCGUAUGGCCAGUCCAAAUGGUGCAACGCAUACAACGAAUCUGACAGAUAUAAUGUAUGUGUUGAUAGCAGUCGUUGUCAUCAUAAUCGUGAUCAUCAUCAUCAUAAUCCUUUUCAACUUCAUCUUUCAACGCCGUAAAAAGAUGUACAGCUCGGUGCCACAUUCGGAUUGCAAUCUGAGCGAGAAUACAAAUACAUCCGAUCUUGUAUAGUUUUCCUAAAUUUAAGCGAAACUUUAAUUUCAUUGAUAACUCUCGCCUAAAGACAAUGCUCCAGCAGAAUCUGUAAUUUUGCAAUUGAUAUCAUAAACGAAACAAGGCAGAAGAAGCAGAUGAAGAAAAAAGAAAAACAAAACAAAAACAAAAAUAUAUAUCUAUAAUUAUUUAUUAUUAUUUUGUAUUAUUUAACGAUCUAUUUGAUUAUGCAUUGUGAUAAUAUGGCAUCUACUGAGUUAAAAAAAAAUCAACAAAAAACAAAACAAAAAACGAAAACAAAACAAAAUUAACCGAUUAAGUAAAACAAUAUAGUAUUAAGUUGAGUUCAAGAAAGAAUUGUGCUUGAUUUUGCCGUUUACACGAUGAAGUGAAUACAUGAAGAUUACCAUGUGUAGAUCUCAUAAAUAAUUCUACACUUUUUAUUGCUAUUAAUUAAUUAAACAACAUUGAUCAUGAAUUGAAUUCAUCGUGUAAAUAACCAACUUUACUUGAAUUUGGCAAUUAUGUAAGUCAAGACUUAACCAUACUAUAAAAAUAUCUAUACACACAUACAUCUUUAAAUCGCUUACACACAUACAUCCACACACACACACACAUACACGCACAACAAUCUUGUCUCAAACGAAAGAAAGAAAUAUGAAAAAGAAAAAAAACAAGAAAAGGGAAUUACACCGCACUGAUUACACAUUCCUUUUGAAGCGUUUUUUAUUUCUACUUUAAUUACAUAUUUACAUAUACAAAAAAUGAAAUGAAAUACCAAAGCUCUUAGUAGUAUCGUUGCCGCCUGGCCCCAUUUUUUGGUUAACUGAAAUAAAAGAUAACGAAAUCUACUACACAA